CGGCUAAAUAGCUAAUGAUUUGGCUACACAAACAUACGUCGUUUUGCUGUGUAAGUAUUUCUGUACGAUUAUUGUCUUCGAAAUUAGCUUGCUUCCGUUGGUGCUGCAAGUGAUGCCUUUCUUCGUAUUUGUGGACCCUUUUAUUCCUUUCUUGAAUUCUAUGUUAGGUUUCAUGAUCGUGAUAGCUCUUCAGCCUCUUCCUCACGUGGAAGAAUGCCGGUAAUUAGAAUUUAGAAUGGAUCUGGGUUUAGGCAUACCAGGAGAUGGAAGAUGCUUGUUCCGGUCUGUGGUCCAUGGUGCUUCUCUGAGAGCAGGAAAGCCAUGCCCUAGUGAGAGCCUUCAAAAAGAACUUGCUGACGAGCUUAGAACUAAAGUUGCUGAUGAAUUCAUCAAGAGGCGGACAGAUACUGAAUGGUUCGUUGAAGGUGAUUUUGACACGUAUGUAACGCAGAUGCGGCAACCCCACACUUGGGGAGGGGAACCUGAGCUGCUCAUGUCCUCUCAUGUCCUACAGGUUCCCAUCACAGUGUACAUGUGGGAUAACAAGUCUAGCUUUCUUAAGGUUAUAGCGGAAUAUGGUCAAGAUUAUGGCAAAGGAAACCCAAUUCGGGUUCUUUAUCAUGGGUACGGACACUAUGAUGCAUUACAGAGUCCUGGCACUUCACAGUCCCUGUUGUACAAGAAAAGAUGAAGUGAUGUUUGCACUGGAGAAUGAUGUAUGGUGUCUUUUGGCCAUGUACAAGUAGUAGCUGAAGAUUUCCUUGACUCGUAAUACAACAAUAUAAAGCGAUGUUUGCACUGGAGAAUGAUGUAUGGUGUCUUUUGGCCAUGUACAAGUAGUAGCUGAAGAUUUCCUUGUACUCGUAAUACAACAAUAUAAAGCCAAUGUACUUUAGAUGUGUUUAGACUUGGACACAAAAUAUGCAAAUAAGGCAAUAUGCAAAUGAGAUGUGAUAAUCAAAUGGACCCUUAUUUCUCA